AUGGAGUCAACUUACCACGCAUUGGCACAGCGCAUCCAUGGCAUAUGGACCGAGAAACGUCAACAAGGCCAGCACCGAAUCAUCAUUGCCCUAGCAGGGCCACCGGGCUCAGGAAAAUCUACAAUUGCUCACCAAGUCGUCAACCAGGUGGCCGAAAUGUACCCCGACCUGGCCAUCUCGGCAAUCUCUGCGGAUGGGUUUCAUUUGAGUCUCGCAGAACUCCACGCACUGCCCAAUGCUGCCGAGGCGCUCGCUCGACGGGGCGCGCCAUGGACCUUUAACGGGAACGCAGUGGUUGACAUGGUCCGGAGACUUCGAGAUUCUCCUGAAGAAACCUCCCGCGUGCCAACGUUUGACCACGCGAUUAAAGAUCCGGUCCAAGACGGCCUAACAGUCACGCCGGCAACUAAAGUCUGCCUGGUUGAAGGCAAUUAUUUACUUAGCAACGAGGAGCCAUGGAAUGCUAUUGCGGCUCUUGCAGAUGCGAAAUGGCUCGUCACUGUGGACGCCGAGUUGGCUACGGGGAGAAUAGCCAAGCGUCAUCUUGCUGCAGGAAUCGAGAAGACCAUGGAUGCUGCACUUGCACGGACUCUGGAAAACGACAUGGUCAAUGGAGAAUAUGUGCUACGCAGCAGUCAGGGACGGUAUGAUUUGCUGAUAAAGAGCAUCGAAAGAGUUGAAUUGAACUCCAGCAAUGGAAAUGCAAAUAAUGCUUGA